AUGGUUCACUUCAGCGCCGUCCUUCUCUUCUCAACCCUUACCGCCCUCGUCGCCGCUCAAGGGACAGGCACGCAGUUCAUCACCGGCCCAUGCACGUCUGACGCCGAUUGUGCAUCCGGCUGCUGCGGCUUCAACUCGGGGAAAUGCGCGGGCGCCAUCAUAGCACUCGAACGUGACGGCGGGUGCGGUCGUGGCGCAACCCCCAACGACAAUGCAGCCCGAAAGCUAGGCUUCACGGGCACUUUCAACCCGGGCUCAGGGAGUGGCGCAAAUGCUGCCGCGCCCGCCAGCACGGGUACCGCAAGUGCUGCCAACCCCGCAACAGGUGGCGGCAAUGGGGCCACUGCCGGUGCGGGUACACAAUUCAUCACAGGUGCCUGCACAUCGGACGCCGAUUGUGCGUCAGGAUGCUGUGGGUUCAACAGCGGCAAGUGUGCCGGUGCGAUCGUUGCCCUUGAGCGAGAUGGGGGAUGCGGGAGGGGAUCGGGCACUCCCAACGAUAAUGCGGCGCGCAAGUUGGGUUUCACCGGUACUUUCAAUCCUGGGUCUGGAAGUGGGGCUGCUGCCAACAAUGCCGCAGCUGGAGGCGUCGCCACUGGAAACAGCAAUACCGGCAUGGCAACGGGGAAUGCCAAUACCGGUACGGGUGCGGCGGGUAAUGGCGCUGCAGCUGGAGGCAAUGGAGCGCAGUUCAUCACAGGUCCUUGUCAGAGCGAUGCUGCUUGCGCUUCGGGUUGCUGCGGCUUCAACUCAGGAAAGUGCGCGGGACCUGUCAUUGCUCAAGAACGAGACGGCGGAUGCGGCUUCGGCGACAAUGCGCCCAACGAUCGUGCGGCGCAGGCUUUCCGUGCAGGUCAGAAGCGGGGGUUGGAGUUCGAAUGGGAGUGA